CGAACUGAAGUGAAGAAAUGAAUUGUCCUGAGCUGUAAGAUCCAGGGGAGGCGACUGCAAUGUCCUCCAGUGGCGGCACGGCCUGUCCUGAGGAGGGGUCAUUUCAGCACAGAAGCAUCGUCACACGUUCUGGCGAGAUAGACAGGGACCGAGGCGCGAGAAUGACGGAGAGGCAGCAAGAAUUGUGGACACUGGAAAAAUUGCGUACUGUCAUGACUAUACGACGCCCGUUUGCUUGGGAUAGCGCACAGUUAAGCCUUCGAUUAAUCCAUCUCCAGAAGCAUCUCGAACCUGUCCGUCCAUAAGAGGAAAUAGAUAUCCGAGAUGAGGCUCAAGAUGGAUUUUUAGGGUGUGAGCAGCGCUAACGCAGGUGCUUGCUGAUGGCAUGAGUAUGACGGAAGCACACCGGGUCAUUCCGCUAGACAGUUGGAAAAUAAAACGUGACCCGUUUCGAGAAGACGGCUUUGCUGGCGUCCUUGGCAUGCAUAUGCACUUCAACGAACAUCGAAUGGUACCGGAUUACUUGGCGGAUCCAGGUCGGCUCGGUGGACCUUAUAGAGGGAAAGGGUAUGCAAAUUUAUGGCUUCAAAUUAUAUUUCACCUUGAGAACAUCAAGUAUCUUUCAUCUUGAGAACAUCAAGUGUCUUUCACUUGUUUGGGUUGUCUUUUCUAAAGAAAAAGAAAACUCGCCAGAGGACAGAGUUCUUUGAGCUUUCCCCUCUACUAGGGAAAACAAGAAACACUGCAAGUAAGUACAAAGUUGUAGAUCUGGCUUCCAACCUCCUCAAGAUGAACCUAGAGACCCCAAGCUGUUCCUCUAACAAGUGCGAUCGACGACCCAAUGUUGUACCUAGACAAUAUGUCUAUAUGCUACAAUGCAACCCAAUUUUCUGAACGCAGGCACAAAAAGAACCACGAGAGAUUCAUGUACAUUCUACACCCUCAUCUGAUUUGAUGGAGAUCAGCAACAUCGUUAUCUUAUAGAGAAAUGGAGAAAGGGAAGUAGAAAACUGGUAGAGAAGUUGAAGUUGUUGAUUGAGAAGGAUAUUGGUGAAAGAAGAAUAGUGAUUCGUUACUUCUUUUCUGAGGUAGCAGGGUGUCAUCCUAUAGUCUUGGUGUUGGUAUGCUAGCCAAUGUUAGACUCAAUGGAAUGGAAUCUGUGAUAGAAUGGAGAAAGGGACUCAGAUUGGUAGAAGAUAUUGAAUACUAGAAGAAGAACCUGAAGUUUACGCCAUGUUGCUUAUCUUUGGUCUGAUUAUGUGAUUGGUGGUAGGGCAGCUUCGCGAUGAACAACAAGAGCAAUUGUUAG